GGUAUGAUCCUUUCUUACUUCCGUCGCACCCUAGCUUCUCUUCUUCUCCUUUUAGCCGUCAUUUCUCUUCUCACAUCAGCCACCAUGAUUGACUCCAACAUCAAGAACCAUAUCUUCAUCACCCUGGAGAUGGAAAAUGUCCAAUAUGGGAUGUGAGCGAAACUAUUCAAGAUUCAUGCACAUUCUCACAAGGUCCUCCAACACAUCGUCCCACUAGAGAAAGGCAAUGAGAAGGUGCCUAAAAUCAAUGAAGAAAAGGAACUAUGGUCGACCCUUGAUGUUGCGGUCCUUCAAUGGAUCUAUGCAACAAUCUCACAUGACCUGUUGCAUACUAUUCUUGAACCCGACGCAACGGCAACGAAGGUGUGGAAUAGGUUGCGUGAUAUAUUCCAAGACAAUAAGAAUUCUUGGGCUGUAACUCUCGAACAAGAAUUCUCUUGUACCAACAUGGAGGAUUUCCCGAAUGCCUCUACGUAUUGUCAAUGGCUCAAGGAAUUGUCUGAUCAACUUAAGAACGUAGGUACACCAAUGUUGAACAACUGUCUUGUUCUUCAAAUGAUGGUCGGCCUCACCGAGGCUUACAAUGGGGUUGUCACACUCAUUCGCCAAAGCGAUCUUCUUCCACCAUUCUAUCAAGCCUACUCUAUGAUCACCUUAGAAGAAGUUGGUCUUGCAAAGAAAGUUGCAACCGGUGGGAGUUCCGUCAUGGUAGCUCGUGACAUUGAUGACUCUCACUCCCUUUCCAAAAAUUUCCAUAAAAAUCAGAAUACUCAUGGUGAUAAAAAGGGUCAAAACCACAACAAUAGUGGCAAAAACAAUGAUGGCAAUUGUGGUGGCGUCAAGAGCAAUGAUGGUGAUGACUGCAGUGGCAGCCACAAUAGUGGCUGACAGCAAUAGUCAGCCAACAGCAAUCGAGGCACUAGUAGUGGCCUAUCAAACAAUGGCAAUGACCAUUGUUACCUUGGGCUCUUCCACCUUGCCGAUACCCCUCAUCUAAUAGCCCACCCCCUUUUCAGAUUGGGUCAAGCCUAAUUUUCUACAAGCCUAACAGCGCCAGACAGGCAUCCUUGGGCCAAAACCACCAUAGACCUACAUGGCAACAACAACUCCACCCACUCAAAUAGACAUCGAAGCAGUGAUGCAUAUUCUUAGGCUUAAUCCUUCGAAUGCCAAUUGGUACAUGGACACUGGUGCCACCUCACACAUGACAU